CAACAGCAACUUUACUACCCCCCCGCGUCGUGGGACACGCGCACACUACACUUCAGGAACUGUUAGCACCGAUCAAAAGAAGGUGGCUCAGCUGUGCGCAGCCUAGACAAUGUCCGAAGAUUCUGACUCUAUAUCAGAGGAAGAAAGAAGUUUGUUCCGUCCGUUCACGCGGGAGUCCCUGGCAGCGAUCGAGGCUCGCAUUGCCGAGGAAGAGGCCAGGCAGAAAGAGCUUCAGCAGAAAAGAGCGGAAGGCGAGGGAGGUUAUGGACGGAAGAAAAAGAAAAAAGAAGUACGAUAUGACGACGAGGACGAGGACGAAGGUCCUCAGCCGGAUCCCUUAUUUGAGCAGGGAGCGUCGAUCCCGGUCCGACUGCACAACGAAUUUCCACCCGAGUUGGCCUCCACACCUCUCGAGGAUAUUGAUAGCUUCUACCACAAUCAAAGGACCUUCGUCGUCAUUAGCAGGGGAAAGGAUGUAUUCAGAUUCUCAGCGACGGACGCGAUGUGGAUGCUCGACCCGUUCAACCCUAUACGGCGUGUGGCCAUAUAUAUAUUGGUUCACCCGCUCUUCUCCCUUUUCAUCAUCACUACAAUAUUGGUUAACUGUGUACUCAUGAUCAUGCCCACCACGCCCACCAUCGAGUCCACCGAAGUGAUAUUUACGGGCAUCUACACAUUUGAGUCCGCCGUUAAGGUGAUGGCGAGGGGUUUCAUUCUGCAGCCUUUUACCUAUCUUAGAGAUGCAUGGAAUUGGCUCGACUUCGUAGUUAUAGCUUUAGCUUAUGUGACGAUGGGCAUAGAUCUAGGCAACCUUGCCGCUCUCAGGACAUUUCGAGUCCUCCGAGCCUUGAAGACUGUCGCUAUUGUACCAGGUCUGAAAACCAUUGUCGGCGCUGUGAUAGAAUCCGUGAAGAACCUGCGCGAUGUGAUAAUCCUGACGAUGUUCUCCCUCUCCGUCUUUGCGCUGAUGGGCCUUCAGAUUUACAUGGGGGUUCUCACGCAAAAGUGUAUAAAGAACUUUCCUGAGGACGGCUCCUGGGGUAAUCUCACCCAUGAGAGUUGGGCGCGAUUCAAUAAUAACGAAACUAAUUGGUACUUUGACGAAGCGAAAAAUAUACCUUUAUGCGGAAAUUCAUCGGGGGCGGGGCAGUGCCUUCCUGGAUACACGUGUUUACAAGGAUUCGGCGCUAAUCCGAAUUACGGUUACACGAGCUUCGAUACUUUUGGUUGGGCAUUGCUCUCCGCCUUUCGUCUCAUGACUCAGGAUUAUUGGGAGAAUCUGUAUCAAUUGGUGCUAAGAUCGGCCGGACCAUGGCACAUGCUCUUCUUCAUCGUGAUCAUCUUCCUCGGAUCCUUCUAUCUCGUCAACUUGAUCCUCGCUAUUGUCGCGAUGUCAUACGACGAGUUGCAGAAGAAGGCUGAAGAGGAAGAAGCCGCCGAGGAAGAAGCUAUGAGGGAAGCUCAGGAAGCUGCAAUAGCAAAGGAGAACAAACUCGCGGCGCGGGAAGCUGCGGCCGCUGCAGCAGCCGCUGCGGUAGACGCCGCCGCGGAGGCUGCGGAUCAGAUCGUCAAAUCCCCGUCGGAUUUCUCGUGUCACAGUUACGAGCUGUUCGUCGGUCAGGAAAAGGGCAAUGAUGACAACAAUAAGGAGAAGAUGAGCAUACGUUCGAUCGAGUCCAUCGGCGAUCAGAGGCACAUCAAGCAGAUCAACAACCACAGCGCUGCCAAUAAAGUGCGGAAAGUCAGCGCCGUCCCUCGCGCCGCUAAUGGCCAGUUUACUUAUGCCUACCAGGAAAGUCUGCGGAAGGCGAGCCUGAGCUUACCCGGCUCACCGUUCAAUCUGCGCCGCAGCAGCCGUGGCAGCCAUCAGUUUACGAUACGCAACGGCCGUGGUCGAUGUUUCCCACCGGGAGGCGACCGGAAGCCUCUCGUGCUGUCGACGUACUUGGACGCCCAGGAACACCUGCCCUAUGCCGACGACUCGAACGCGGUUACACCGAUGUCCGAGGAAAACGGCACGAUCGUGGUGCCGGUGUAUUAUGCGAAUCUCGGCUCGCGUCACUCGUCCUACACCUCGCACGCCUCGCGGCUCUCCUACACAUCUCACGGUGACCUGGCCUUCUCUGGUAUCCGCGGCAUCGACAGCAUCGGCAAGCAGAUCACCAAGCAAGAACAGAUUCUCAGGAAUAGAAACAACAAACAAACACCGGCCAAUGGCCACGUUACGGAUGCCAAUCAGAAAAAUUAUCAUUUCGAAGCUUCUGAUAUGGAAGAUCCCAUGGGUAAGAACAAGCCACAAGACAAUCCGUUUAUCGAGUUGCCGGCGCAACAGCAUACCGUAGUCGACAUGAAAGAUGUAAUGGUGCUGAACGACAUAAUCGAGCAAGCUGCCGGUCGCCGGAGUAAGACGCCAGAACAAGCAGACGACGAUGAAGAACCUACAUUCAAGGACAAGUUAGUGGCCGGAAUGUUUCGUUGUAUCGACAUCUUUUGCGUCUGGGAUUGCUGUUGGCUUUGGCUCGAGUUUCAAAAGUACGUGUCCCUGUUGGUCUUUGAUCCAUUCGUAGAGCUCUUCAUCACACUCUGUAUCGUCGUUAAUACGCUGUUCAUGGCAUUGGAUCACCACGACAUGGACAAAGAUAUGGAAAGAGUACUCAAAUCUGGUAAUUACUUCUUCACGGCGACAUUCGGCAUCGAAGCGACUAUGAAGCUAAUAGCGAUGAGCCCAAAAUAUUAUUUUCAAGAGGGCUGGAAUAUUUUCGAUUUUAUCAUCGUCGCUCUUUCGCUUGUGGAGUUGGGUCUCGAAGGCGUGCAAGGUCUGUCGGUAUUACGAUCUUUCAGAUUGUUGAGAGUGUUCAAGCUAGCUAAAUCGUGGCCUACGUUGAAUCUGCUCAUUUCCAUCAUGGGCAGAACGGUGGGCGCGUUGGGUAAUCUAACGUUCGUAUUGUGCAUCAUCAUCUUCAUCUUCGCCGUGAUGGGUAUGCAGCUCUUUGGCAAGAAUUACGUCGAUCACGUCGAUUACUUCCCGGACGGUGAUCUACCCAGAUGGAACUUCACUGACUUCAUGCACUCGUUUAUGAUCGUUUUUCGAGUGUUGUGCGGAGAAUGGAUCGAAUCUAUGUGGGAUUGCAUGUUGGUCGGUGACGUCUCCUGUAUACCCUUCUUCUUAGCUACCGUCGUCAUUGGUAACUUGGUCGUCCUGAAUCUCUUCUUAGCUCUGUUGCUCAGCAACUUCGGCUCAUCGAACCUGUCGGCCCCGACUGCGGACAACGACACGAACAAGAUUGCGGAGGCGAUCGAUCGAAUAGCGCGUUUCAUUAAGUGGAUCAAACGAAAUAUCCUUGCUUUUGCUAAGUUGAUGCGAGCCAAAUUCACCAAUCAGAUAUCCGAUCAGGCGCCAGGUGAGGGACCGUCCAACAGUUGGAAAGAAGAUGGGAUUGAUCGCGAUGGGGACCUAGAUCUUGCAGAUGGAGAGUUGGACGCAUAUAGAGAUAAGAAGAGCGCCAAAGAGCUUAAUCAGCUUGAAGUUGCCAUUGGUGACGGAAUGGAAUUUACUAUUCAUGGAGAUCUGAAGAAUAAACUGAAGAGGGGUAAGCUGUGCAUGAACAAUACGAAAGUUAUCGCGAAUUCAAUAAACCACCACGAUUAUAGACUGGACAACGAUUAUAUUAAUCAGAACGAAGAUGACACUAUCAGUAACAAAUCAUAUGGCAGUCACAAAAACCGCGCGUUUAAAGACGAAAGUCACAAAGGCAGUAUGGAUUCAUUAAACGGCGAAGAGAAGAAAGAUGCGAGCAAAGAAGAUUUAGAACAGGAAGAAGAUUUAGAAGACGAGGGUGAAGAAGAGGAAGAUCGACUCGAUGGCGAGAUAAUACAAGUGGACGAGGAUCCUAUUCAAUCGAGUUACCCGGCCGAUUGCUGUCCGGAAAAUUGCUACAAAAAGUUUCCAUUCCUGGCCGGCGACGAUGACGCUCCAUUUUGGCAAGGUUGGGCAAACCUGAGAUUCAAGACCUUCCGGCUGAUCGAAAACAAAUAUUUCGAGACUGCCGUCAUUACCAUGAUCCUUCUAAGUAGCUUGGCCUUGGCUUUAGAGGACGUUCAUCUUCAACAACGACCUGUCCUGCAGGACGUACUGUAUUACAUGGACCGAAUAUUUACUGUGAUCUUCUUCCUCGAGAUGUUGAUCAAGUGGCUGGCUCUAGGCUUUAAGAAGUACUUCACGAAUGCCUGGUGCUGGCUCGAUUUUAUCAUCGUCAUGCUAUCGCUCAUCAACUUGGGUGCUGUCUGGGCCGGUGCAGCUGACAUCCCGGCCUUCCGUUCCAUGAGAACACUGAGGGCUUUGAGACCUUUACGAGCAGUCUCACGGUGGGAGGGCAUGAGAGUAUCGCUCAUUAACUUCGUAGCGUCGCUCUGUGGCGCUGGCGGGAUUCAAGCCUUCAAAACAAUGCGGACCCUAAGGGCCCUAAGGCCGCUCAGGGCGAUGUCUAGAAUGCAGGGGAUGCGGGUAGUCGUUAAUGCCUUGGUCCAAGCCAUUCCAUCCAUCUUCAACGUAUUGCUGGUAUGCCUUAUUUUCUGGCUUAUAUUCGCUAUCAUGGGGGUGCAGCUGUUUGCUGGCAAAUAUUAUAAGUGUGUCGACGCGAACAAGACGACGCUCAGCUACGAGAUAAUACCGGAUCGUAACGCUUGCAAUACCGAGAAUUACACGUGGGAAAAUUCGCCGAUGAAUUUCGAUCACGUCGGGAAAGCGUAUCUGUGCCUAUUCCAAGUGGCGACUUUUAAAGGAUGGAUUCAAAUUAUGAACGAUGCGAUCGACUCUAGAGAAAUCGAUAAGCAACCAAUUCGCGAAACGAACAUUUACAUGUAUCUCUACUUCGUGUUUUUCAUUAUAUUUGGAUCGUUUUUUACCCUCAAUCUGUUUAUCGGAGUGAUCAUCGACAAUUUUAACGAGCAAAAGAAGAAAGCUGGCGGAUCCCUCGAGAUGUUCAUGACGGAAGAUCAAAAGAAAUAUUACAACGCCAUGAAGAAAAUGGGCAAUAAGAAGCCUCUAAAAGCCAUUCCUCGACCGAGGUGGCGGCCGCAGGCAAUAGUGUUUGAAAUAGUGACGGACAAAAAGUUCGAUAUGAUAAUCAUGUUGUUCAUCGGGCUGAACAUGCUCACGAUGACGAUGGACCAUUAUCAGCAGAGCGAAACCUUCGGCAAUGUUCUGGACUAUCUCAAUAUGAUAUUCAUUGUGAUAUUCACCAGCGAGUGUCUCAUGAAGAUCUUCGCUCUUCGCUACCACUAUUUCAAGGAGCCAUGGAAUCUCUUUGAUUUUGUUGUUGUUAUAUUGUCAAUAUUAGGUCUGGUGCUCAGCGACAUUAUUGAGAAAUAUUUCGUGUCGCCGACUUUGCUUCGUGUAGUAAGAGUGGCAAAAGUCGGUCGUGUGCUUCGACUCGUAAAAGGUGCCAAGGGUAUCCGAACCCUUCUCUUCGCCCUGGCGAUGUCGUUGCCAGCCCUCUUCAAUAUUUGCCUACUGCUGUUUUUGGUGAUGUUUAUCUUCGCGAUAUUCGGGAUGUCUUUCUUCAUGCACGUCAAAGACAAGAGCGGACUGGAUGACGUGUAUAAUUUCAAGACAUUUGGGCAGUCGAUGAUACUGCUGUUUCAGAUGUCAACCUCGGCCGGUUGGGACAGUGUUCUCGACGGUAUAAUAAAUGAGGAGGACUGCCAGGAGCCGAACAACGAGAUCGGCUACCCGGGCAACUGCGGAUCCUCGACGAUCGGGAUCGCUUACCUACUCUCGUAUCUCGUGAUCAGUUUCUUGAUUGUCAUCAACAUGUACAUCGCCGUGAUCCUCGAGAAUUACUCGCAGGCCACCGAGGACGUGCAGGAGGGUCUGACGGACGAUGACUACGACAUGUACUACGAGAUUUGGCAGCAGUUUGAUCCGGACGGCACGCAAUACAUCAGAUACGACCAGCUGUCAGACUUCUUAGAUGUAUUGGAGCCCCCGUUGCAGAUACAUAAGCCCAAUAAAUAUAAGAUCGUGUCGAUGGAUAUCCCCAUAUGUAAGGGAGACCUUAUGUUUUGCGUGGAUAUCCUCGAUGCCCUCACCAAGGACUUUUUCGCACGGAAGGGCAAUCCAAUCGAAGAGACGGGCGAUCUGGGCGAGGUCCAGGCUCGGCCCGACGAGGCCGGUUACGAGCCGGUCUCGUCCACUCUGUGGCGACAACGCGAGGAGUACUGUGCUCGUCUUAUACAGAACGCCUGGCGGAAGCACAAGCAGCAGCGUCUUGGCGGACCGAGCGAGGAGAGCGACGACCCGGAUACCGAUCUGUGCGUCCGGCAGACCAAGGUGCUCGUCGAGAGCGACGGCUACGUCACGAAGAACGGUCAUCGCGUCGUAAUACACAGCCGAUCGCCAAGCGUCACUUCGAGAACCGCGGACGUCUGAUCGCCAUCGUCGUCGUCGCCGCCGCCGCCGUUGCAGCUACCGUCGUCCCUAUCGCCCCCACC